CUCAUUUCCACUUUCCGUUCGAAAAUGUGUGGCUUGUUGUUGUUACUUUUACUGCCGGUCGUAAUUUCGGAACCGUGCGAAUAUUCCCGAUACUACAUGUGUCAGAGCAAUCAUUCUCUCGCCUGCCCCGGGGAUCAGACAUGCACGUUGGUCGAAAAUUGCUCGGCGGUUGCAUUUCUGAUGGAUCGAAACGAGCUUUCCGCUCACAGAUUACGGCAAGCUGUGUGCGGAUACGAUCGCACGCGCGUGAAAAUUUGUUGCAGCGCCGACGGUUAUUCCGAACGGCCGAUUUACGCAAAUCCGAACGUCCAUCCGACCACCACCACCACCAUCCAGUCAUCAUCCGCGAAUCUCGAGUGCGGGAAGACUCUUGUUCGGAACAACGUGGACGCUUUGGGAUCGUAUCCGUUUGUCGCAAGAAUUGGUUUCAUAAAUGUUUUAACGAACGAGAUGAAAUAUUCGUGCAGCGGCGUGAUUGUUAAUGAGCGUACAGUAUUAACUACAGCGACAUGCGCACUCGCGAAAUCGGACAAAUACAGAUUAUGCUCUGUACUCAUUGGUGAAUAUAAUACAGAGUCGGAUCCAGAUUGCAACAAAUUAUUUUGCGGUCACAAAACCAGUAGCCACGAGAUAUCGUAUGUUAUCAAACAUCCAGGCUACGAUGCCGCAACUUUUUCAAACAACAUCGCGUUGCUUCGCCUUAAGAAAGCUAUUGAAUUUACAGCCACGGCGCAACCAAUCUGCUUCGUACCGGAAGACAGAUACGUCAGCUUGGGAAGUACAUGCACCGUUGUCGGCUGGGGACAAUUGUCCGGCCAGCAAACGCAGCCAACGACGCAACAGUCAUUACAGCUAAAACUCGUACCUAAGCAGCAAUGUUCGGACUACUUAAGCCAAGGUCUGUCCGUUGAAUUGUGCGCCAAAGGAAAUUGUGAGCCCUGCUCAGGUUACAGUGGAAGCCCACUGUUGUACAAAUAUACGGACACAUAUUUCCUGGUUGGCAUCCUAUCAUAUGGGUCUAGUUGCGACUCAAACAUCGUUUUUCCAUCUGCAUUCGUAAACGUGCAGAGAUACUCAAGAUGGAUCUUAGAGAACUCUUAGAAUUGCCGAAGUGCAACCUCUCGCCGAAAGACUACCGAUUUUGCCUCCUCUAGACCCAGCUGAUAAGCUAAAUCGUGCAGUCUUUUCACUUCCGAGAUAAGCCCGGUCAUUGCCAAACUACCCAGUUCUGCAAG